GUUUCCUUUCUCCAACAUGACGCCCUCAGAUGAGUAAGGGCGGCAGCUUCAAGAUGGUAGAUGAUUGUGGCUGCUGACCCGGAACUAUUACUUUGGGAAGGUGAAGAAAAUGGGGUUGAAGUGCUAUACCCGUGUCUGGGUGAAGCAAGAGUUAUGGGGUGGUGGACCGUGGGCUCGCAGGUCUAUUCUGUUUACACAACCAAAAAAUGGAUUCAGAAGACCAGCACUGAAAACUGGCACUAAGCUACACAAAAGCAGUUUGACUCCUCCAGUUAAGGACCUGGAUUUUCAUGAAUCUUCCCGUUCACUAAAGAAGCUAGUAAAACCUUUCUUCUUUACAAUUGGGUUUUCAGGCUGUGCUUUUGGAACAGCUGCUAUUUGGCAAUAUGAACAUCUCAGAACAAAGUUCCAAAACUAUUUUGAAAAUGCUCAAGCAGAUUGGCUGGAUAGAAUACAACCACAGAAAGGACUCCACUUCAGAAAACAGAUUAAUCUUUGGUGGAACAGUCUUAGCAACGGGCAACGGACUGUGUCAGGUAUUAUAGCUGCAAAUGUAGUUGUAUUCUGCUUAUGGCGAAUACCUACUUUGAGCCGGAUAAUGGUCACAUAUUUCACAUCUAACCCAGCUUCUCGAGUUUUGUGUUUUCCCAUGUUGCUAUCCACCUUUAGUCAUUUCUCAUUUCUACAUAUGGUAGCCAACAUGUACGUUUUAUGGAGCUUCUCUACCAGCAUAGUUUCUUUUCUGGGACGUGAGCAAUUCAUGGCAGUAUACCUUUCUGCAGGGGUUUUUUCCACAUUUGUCAGUUACGUCUGUAAAAUGGCCACAGGAAAGUUUGGACCAUCACUCGGAGCUUCAGGGGCUAUAAUGGCUGUCCUUGGAGCAGUAUGUACAAAAAUACCAGAAGCCAAGCUAGCUAUAAUAUUUCUUCCAAUGUUCACAUUUACUGCUGGAAAUGCUUUAAAAGCUAUUAUUGCAUUGGACAGUGUAGGACUUAUUUUGGGUUGGAGGUUUUUUGACCAUGCAUCACAUCUUGGAGGAGUUCUGUUUGGCGUAUGGUAUGUAAUGUAUGGGAAUAAACUAAUAUGGAAUAAUAGAGAACCAGUGGUGAAAGCAUGGCAUACAGUGAAGACAUGGAGACCAAAUAAAUGAAGUGGACUCUUGGCUGCAUUUCAAAAUAUAUUUGCACUGAAAUGAGCACAAGUAUUGGAGACAAAAUAGUGUAUUGAUUAAAUCAUAACUACAUACUAAUUACUCAGAUUGUAAGUUCUAGCCCCACAAUGAAAAUAAAUAUCUUGGUAAAUAAAAUGGUAUAUCUGAAACAAAAA